UCGGGGGACGAAAAUUCUCGCCCCUCGGGAAGAUGCUCGUCUGCGCCGGCGGCCAUCGAUCGACCAAGCAGGGGCUUGUUUGAUUCAAGCCGCAGAUCCCAGAAUGGGCGCGUUAAGCUGAUCGAUCGUCUGGAGGUGAGGGUUUAGGCGGCGCCGGAGCUCUCGGUCAGGGUUUCUGGAUUAUCGCUCGCUCGAGAAUGUCGUCGCUACAGAUGGAAUUCUGUAACUGGGGAAGCAUGGCGAAUGCGAGCAGCAUUAUCCUCUCUUCCGAGGCAAUACAUGGCGCCGCCGUCGCCUCCGUCAAGAUCGCUUCCUACAUCUUCGCGUGGAUCAAGCUCAAGUCCGCCGCCUUCGUCACUCUCGCACUCUACGCCAUCUUUCUGAGGAUCUUCAUCGCCGAGCUGAGGUACAUCUCCUCCCUGUCCAUGUACCCGACCUUCGAGGACGGGGAUCGCAUCCUCGUCGACAAGAUCUCCUACUGCUUCGUCCGCCCAGAGGUGAACGACAUCGUCUUCUUUCGCCCACCAGCGUCGAUCCUCCAGCCAUCCUCCGAGAGCGGCAUCCCCAACAACAUCUUCGUCAAGAGGAUCGUGGCGAAGGCCGGGGACGUCGUCCAGGUACUCAAUGGCAAGCUUGUGGUGAACGGUAACCCCAGGAACGAGUUCUUCACGGCAGAGCCCCGGCAGUGCGACGUGAGACCGGUGCUAGUUCCCGAGGAUCAUGUGUUCGUCAUGGGCGACAACCGCAACCAGAGCUACGAUUCGUGCCACUGGGGGCCGCUGCCCGUGAAGAACAUCCUCGGGAGAUCGGUGCUGCGCUACUGGCCUCUCCGCAGGAUUGGGACGCUGGGAGCUCCCGAGAGCUCGAGCAAUCCGUUCGAGCGGAGAGGAUCACACUUCCUCCAAAAGUCGAGGUCGUGCUGCUGGAGGACGAUGAGCCCGUGAUCUCGAGAGAAAUGGAUGGUGUUACUACGUACCCCGGAAGGAGGAGAAGAAAGAAAAAAUCUUUCGCGACCAAGCCAAGCAUUUGGGCGAUGAAUCAUCCGCGUUUUCUUUGGUGACACGCAACUUCGUUGACAGACACUGGUAAGUUAAAGUUCUUAAGGUUUAACAAAAAAGAAUGUUGUCUACCGUACAAAAAAGAUAAAAGUGUUUUUCUUUUAA